GCCCCUCUACUUACUACUUACUUACUUACUCCUCCGUACUGUAUGUAUGUAUGGCUUUCUCUCUCUCACUCUUUCUCCGUUGCUGGGAAUUUUCCCCUCACGACCACCAAUCCUUCAUAUACAGACAUCAACCACAGCAACUACCGAAUACCAGCAUUAUUCCCUUCCAACCAACACAACCAGAGGGAGGAAAACCGGCGCAAAUAGAUUAAUGCCCACACUUGCAUGCGACCCGGGCUCGGAUGGCGUGCCAGAAGCUCCAUCGCCAGGGUCCUCCCAUGCCCAGGAAUCGACUCCGAAAGUCUCUCGGCUGACCCCGGUUACAGAGCAGAAAAAACAUGGCUGAAACGACGCCAGCUACCUACUCAAAUCGGAUCGAGAAGGGCGGAGAUUAGCACCUGAGCUUACUGCAGAAGUCUAUCCUUAGGAAUCUGUUGCCGACAGCCUUUGCCCCGGUUCCGUUGAUUGACUGGUGGGUUGG